CUAAUUACUAUUCAUAAGACCCGACCCGAACAAGUCGUCGCCACCGCAUCUUGUACCCAACCCCAGUCAGAUUUCGAAGUUCUUUAAGGUUUUCGAAUCUCUCUUCCUCUCUCUCUCUGCUCCGGGAACUACUGAAAUCCCUGCCUAUAAUCAAUCUCUUAGCAAAGGGCCAAGCUAUAGACAAUGGCAGAAGGCGAAGAGGAUCUGCCGAGGGAUGCUAAGAUUGUCAAGUCACUGCUUAAAUCAAUGGGCGUGGAGGACUAUGAACCUCGCGUUAUCCAUCAAUUUCUCGAGCUUUGGUAUCGCUAUGUCGUGGAUGUACUGACGGAUGCGCAGGUGUACUCUGAACAUGCCGGCAAGCAAACCAUCGAUUGCGAUGAUGUCAAGCUUGCUAUUCAAUCUAAAGUCAAUUUCAGCUUCUCGCAACCCCCACCCAGAGAGGUGCUUUUGGAAUUGGCAAGAAAUAGGAACAAAGUUCCAUUGCCAAAGGCAAUACCAGGGCCUGGGAUUCCCCUUCCUCCCGAGCAGGAUACAUUGAUAAGUACAAACUACCAACUGGCUAUCCCUAAGAAGCAACCGGCACAGGCGAUGGAAGAGACGGAAGAGGAUGAAGAAAGUGUUGAACCUAAUUCCUCGCAAGAGCAUAAGACCGAUGCACCGCACCCAACGUCUCAAAGAGUAUCGUUCCCUCUCACUAAGCGCUCUAAGUGAGGUUUCUGCUUUUGUAAGAUGUUUCAAUAAUCCAUUUAGGUAGGGUAAUAUAUAUGCUUGAAGAUUUUAUCAUAUUCAUCAGAAUGAAGGGUUGAUUUUUCUUAUGAUUGGAUGUAAUGAAUCGUUGUAAUAGAAUCAAGUUUCUGCUUC